AUGAAGCUCUUGUCUAUUUGGGCUUUAGCAGCGCUGGCGGCUCAGGCUGCUGGUGCUGCUAUUAGCCAUAAGCUGAAUGGGCUUACUAUUACCGAGCAUCCAGAUCCCGUUAAACGGGCUCUAUUGCAGAAAUAUGUCACCUGGGAUGACAAGUCUCUUUUCAUCAAUGGCGAGCGACUGAUGCUCUUCAGUGGAGAAUUUCAUCCCUUCCGUCUGCCUGUUCCAAGUCUGUGGGUUGAUGUCUUCCAGAAGGUCAAGGCUCUCGGAUUCAAUUGCGUCUCUUUCUAUAUCGAUUGGGCUCUGUUAGAGGGUAAGCCUGGCCACUACCGUGCCGACGGCAUUUUUGACCUCGAAAAAUUCUUCGAUGCCGCCUCGGAAGCCGGCAUUUAUCUUUUGGCUCGUCCUGGUCCUUAUAUCAAUGCUGAGGCCUCUGGCGGUGGUUUCCCUGGCUGGCUGCAGCGUGUCAAUGGCACUCUACGAACAAGUUCUACGGCGUACUUGAGCGCAACCGACAAUUACGUUGCAAAUGCUGCUGCGACGAUUGCCAAGGGCCAGAUUACCAAUGGCGGACCUAUCAUUCUGUAUCAGCCCGAGAAUGAGUAUUCGGGGGCUUGCUGUGGAGUCGAUAAUUUCCCCGAUGGGGAUUACAUGCAAUAUGUUGAGGAUCAAGCCCGCAAUGCAGGCGUCAUUGUUCCCAUGAUAAGCAAUGAUGCCUGGGCCGGGGGGCACGAUGCCCCCGGAACCGGCGCAGGAGCAGUCGAUAUUUAUGGUCAUGAUAGCUACCCUCUUGGCUUCGACUGUGCCAGCCCCUACACUUGGCCCAGUGGUGACCUGCCGACUGACUUCUACACGUCGCACAUGGAACAAAGUCCCAACACUCCAUACUCUAUUGUUGAGUUCCAAGGCGGAGCAUUUGAUCCCUGGGGAGGCAACGGAUUCCUGGCUUGUUCGGAGCUCCUAAACUACCAGUUCGAGAGGGUCUUCUUCAAGAACAACUUUAGUUUCCGUGUUGCCUUUUUGAAUCUCUACAUGAUAUUUGGUGGCACUAACUGGGGUAACCUUGGUCACCCUGGUGGCUACACAUCCUACGACUAUGGAUCUGCCAUCACCGAGUCUCGCAACAUCACUCGCCAAAAGUAUAGUGAACUCAAGCUGAUCGGCAACUUCCAGAAGGUGUCUCCAUCGUACCUCUUGACAGAGCCUGGCACCCUGAGCACUUCGGCCUACUCGACUAGUUCCGAUAUUGCAGUCACCCCUCUUAUUGGAAGUAAUGGCUCGGCUACCUCUUUCUUUGUCGUUCGACACUCCGAUUACUCUAGCCAAUCAUCUGUGGACUACAAGCUCAAGGUCCCUACUAGUGCUGGUAACCUUACUAUUCCCCAGCUUAGCGGAAGCCUGACUCUUGGCAACCGUGACUCGAAGAUCCAUGUUGUGGACUACGAUGUGGCAGGAACCAACAUCCUCUACUCGACUGCUGAGGUUUUCACCUGGAAAAAGGUUCCGAAUGGGAAGGUCCUCGUUCUCUACGGUGAUGUUGGCGAGCACCAUGAGCUUGCCGUCUCUGGUGCAUCAAGUGCUACCGUUGUGGAGGGGUCAUCGUCGGGAAUCACUUCCAAGAAAGUGGGCAAGGCAAUUGUCAUUGGAUGGGACGUAUCAGAGACUCGUCGCAUCGUCAAGAUUGGGGACCUGAAGGUCUUGCUUCUGGACCGAUACGAUGCCUACAAUUACUGGGUCCCACAGGUUCCCUCCUCGGGUCAGAAUCCUGGCUACAGCACCCAGGCGACCAUUGCCUCGUCUAUCAUUGUCAAUGCGGGCUACCUCGUGCGGACCGCAUACCUAUCAGGAAGCGAGCUGCACCUCGCCGCUGACUUUAACGCUACCACUGCCGUUGAGGUGAUUGGUGCGCCAUCCAAGGCCAAGACCCUUUACAUCAACGGUCAGAAAGCCAAGACCACGGUGGACAAGAAUGGCAUCUGGUCAACUAGUGUCAGAUACACCGCACCAAAGGUCAAUCUCCCGACACUGAAGAGCCUGAAGUGGAAAUCUAUCGACACUCUUCCCGAAAUUCAAAGCACUUACGAUGACUCUGCGUGGGUCAAGGCUGACCAUCCCUACACCAAUAACAGCGUCUUCCCAAUCACAACACCGACUUCUCUGUAUUCGUCCGACUACGGCUUCCACACCGGGUAUCUCAUCUACCGUGGCCACUUCGUUGCUACUGGUGAAGAGUCUUCGUUCUCAGUGCACCUACAGGGAGGCACCGCAUUCGGUGGCUCCGUGUGGAUCAACGACGCCUUUGUGGACUCCUGGGACGGAAACAGCAUUUCAGCGGUGUACAAUACCACUCUCACCCUUCCCACAUUGAAAGCUGGCAAGGCAUACGUCCUCACCAUCGUGAUUGACAACAUGGGCCUGGACGAGGAUUGGACCGUAGGCAGUGAGGAGAUGAAGGAUCCUCGCGGUAUCCUCGAUUACACCCUCACCGGCCGAUCCGACGACGCCAUCACCUGGAAGCUGACCGGUAACCUUGGCGGCGAAGACUACCGAGACCUAGUUCGUGGUCCUCUUAACGAAGGUGGACUUUACGCUGAGCGUCAAGGCUACCACCAGCCUUCCCCUCCAAGUCAGAAGUGGGAAUCCAGCAGCCCAUACACGGGUUUCUCGAAGCCCGGUAUUCGGUUCUAUAGUACAAGCUUCGAUCUCAACCUCCCACAAGGUUAUGAUAUCCCGCUGUAUUUCAACUUUAAGAACUCGACGUCGCCGCCCCCUGCUUAUCGUGUUCAACUGUAUGUCAACGGCUACCAGUAUGCUAAGUAUGUCAACAACAUUGGCCCGCAGACCAGUUUCCCUGUGCCUGAGGGCAUUCUCAACUACCGUGGUACCAACUGGCUAGGUUUGACUCUUUGGGGACUUGGUGAGGAUGGUGCUAGUCUGGAUGACUUUGAGUUGGUUUCUACCCACCCCGUGCUCACUUCCAUGAGUAAAGUUGAAUCGGUAGACCAACCUAAGUGGAAAAAGAGAGCUGGCGCAUAUUAA